AUGGCACAAUGGAGAAACUACACGUGCAAGAUUUGCUCCAAACAAUUUGUAGACAAUCAUUAUUACAACGUCCAUAUGAGAUUGCAUACGGACACAAAACCAUUUCAGUGUGAGGUUUGUUUAAAAUAUUUUUCACACAAGUCCGCAGUAAAAGUGCAUAUGAGAGUACAUACUGGAGAGAAGCUCUUUAGCUGUGAAGUUUGCUCUAAACCAUGUAUAACAAGUACGGAUUUAAAAGUUCAUAUGAGAAAGCACACUAAAGAAGCGCCUUACGAAUGCGAAAUUUGCCCUAAGAAGUGUGCAACAAGUAGUAUAUUGAAAAGACAUAUGACAGUGCAUUUUGAAAAAGUGUCUUCUCUCCCAUCCCAAAAAAUUUCGUGCGAAACUUGCUCAAAACAAUUUUCUAAUUCGUUGAGAUUUCAUAUGAGAACACACAUUGAAGAAAGACCCUUCACUUGCGAAGUUUGCUCCAAAGGAUUUUUCAGCAGUUCUACGUUAAAAGUACAAAUAUGA